UCCCGGGAACCGGCUCCGGGUCGGCAAAGUCCACCGUGGUGCUGGAGAUGGUCUUCGCUCCGCCGCCGCCUUUGGACUGAGUCAGGUACUCCUGGAGCUGUCGGUUCAGGUCCGCCAUGACGGAGGGAGCUAACGGCUAACUGUUAGCACCACCUUCUUCUUCGCUUAUUCUUAUGUCGACUUCCGGCCCUGUGGUGCUCUCCUGCCCCCCAAUGGUCAGAUAAAGAACUACAUGUUAUGACACAAACAGGUUCAGGUACAUCAGGACAAAGGGAAGCUGUGAAGGGACGAGGUUAAUUUUAAUUAUUCAGGUGUAAUCCAUGAAACAAACAGCCCACAGGCCGCUGUGCUUGAGUAAAUGACCAGCCUGUGCUCACAAGCAGACUUAAGCUUGGUUGUUCUUAUCUUAUCACCAUAAAUUAAAUGUAUGGGCCAAAUGUCUUUAAACUGUAAACACACAGGACAGAAGAAGAAGAAGAAGAAGAAGAACUGGUGCUGAAAACUAGGACGAGAAAUGUGAUCAGUGAACUUUAGAGGCUUUAAUCACCUCAGUGUGCAACAGGUUUAAAAGUCUGUGUGAAACACACAUGUCUGGAUUCAACGAAGCUUCUGUCAGAGAAUCUGAAUCAAACAUUUUUAGUUUUAGUUUGGGCUAUGAAGACCAUCAUCAUAUACCCCCAAACCAGUACAUUGAACGGGUCCUUUCAACAACAAGCGGAGAAAGCAGAUCCGCGGGCUGACCGGUGUGAAGAGCCGGGCGCCUCACUCUCCACCUAAAACUAUGAACUGAACUAUGAACUAGUUCAGAUUUUAAAUGGUGAACUAUGAACGUGAACUAUUCAUGUUUACUUGUAUGAACUGAACUUUGAACUAGUUCAUGAGACGUGUGAACGUGCACAACACUACUGACGCCUCCGUCAGUCAGAAGUGUCGAAGACUCCAUGACUGAGAAUCUUCAUGUGUCAGGUCACAUGACUCCAGCUGUCCGUCCAAAAAUAACCCUUCAGGUGAUUGGCUGGAAGGCUGGCACACAACCAUCUACAGUGUGUGUACUAAGCUUACACAGGAACCAGCUGCCAUGGUAUCCCAGCAUGCAUUUCACCCCAGCAGCUGAAGAAGGGUGCAGGUCGUAAGACGGGUCCAAAGUUCAAUGUGACGUGAACCUGAAGACGACAGGUCGGCUUCAUGUCCGUCUCUCAGAUCACCCCCACCCUCUUCCUGGGCAGUGCCGACGCCCCCCUCAACGCAGCGCUGAUAUCACAGAAAAGCAUCACCCUGAUUGUCAACGCCACACUGAGCCACACCUGCCCCGCCUACCCUGGGGUGGAGUGUGUCCGGGUUCCAGUCUCCGACCUACCCAGCGCUCGCCUCGGGGACCACUUUGACCGGGUGGCAGACCGUAUCCAUGGCAACCGAGCUGGCGGCACCCUGGUGCACUGUGCUGCCGGGAUGAGCCGCUCUCCGGCGCUGGUGAUGGCGUACCUGAUGCGGUACAGGGGUGUGACGCUUUGCCAGGCACAUCGCUGGGUGCAGGAGAGUCGGCCCUGGGUCAGGCUGAAUGCCGGAUUCUGGGACCAGCUCCUGAAGUACGAGAAGCGUCUCUACGGGAAAAACACCGUCAAAGUCGCAACAGUGGAUGAGAUGUCCCUUCCACCCCCCCCCCCUGACGCCGAGGACACAGAGGAUGACGAGGUCAACGCCACCGCAGCAGCAGAGGAACUGGUUAAUGCUGGUACCCAGGUCACUGAUGGCAGGGUCACCUGUGAUGUCACGAGGUCCGACACCAGGAAACAAGUCAAGAAGAAGAAAAUAGUUCAGCGGCGUAAAAGUCUGAGCUGUGAGCGCCAUGGUAUCUGAAACAUCUUAGAAACAACGACUACCCACAAUGCAUCUCCUCCGCUGACGGGCUGGCGGAAGCUUCGAGUGAUUCGAUGACUUCUCCUGUGUUCGGGUUCCGUGAUCAUGAGAAGAGCUCACUGAACGCCGCCCUCUGGUGGUGCAAACAGCCUGACGUGAGAAAUGUUUGAGGGUAAUGUUUCAUUGGACGAUAAAUGUAUUGGUCAUUUUAACUUGACUGAUUUAAAUGUUUAUUUAUUGGUCUCAUAUUUUCUCUGUCAUCACGCCUUUAUUUCCUACAUUACCAUACCUGACUGCUAGCAUGCUAGCUCAUGCUGAAAGAAACGUAAAUAUUACAGCCAUGUUGCUGGUGCCUAGCAUCGGCAGGGCCACAGUGAAGUAACCAUAUUAGGAGAAGUGAGGUGGAGCCUGACUGAGAGCUCGAUGACACGCCCACCUGCCACCAGCACAUUGGACAGGACUAGCUGUCAAUCACACUGUGGUAUCCCCCCCAACAUAUCUGGUGCUUUAUGGUCUGUUUGACUCUAUAUGAUCAUAAUUCACUAAAUGAUCAUCAGCUAUUUGAAGAAGACUUGAAACUAGAGACUGAGACAGAAACUCCUGAAUGUUACUGACGUCAUAAAGUGAGAAGUCACUUUCUAUAGAGACUACCAGUGGAGUCGCCCCCUGCUGGUCACUAACCUUUUAUUAUUCAGAAAGUUCACUUCUUCACACCGGCAGAAAAACAGUGAAACAGAGUUCAAAAUGUUAGUUUCUCCCAUUUGAUUAAAGAUGUUAUUUUUCAAAAUGAAGAAAUUUUGUGUGAGAAUUUUCACUUCAACAUCUGGAUGAACAUCUGUCCAUGUGCUUCAUGUGUCAAGUAAUCAAAAAGUGAUGCAAGAUAUUUUCAAAGUUAAAGCAGAGUAAAACAAUGUAAAGAGAAUCCAAAAUAUAUAUAAUACAUAAUACUUAAUAUAUGUCUGGUGACGUCAUGUGUCCUGGUUCAUUUUGUCUCUGAAAAACGUAUUGAAAUUCAUUAAAUUGAUAUUUAUUUCUUG